CUCCACUCUCCUCCACUGUUCCACUCUCCCACUGGCAUCGUCCCUCUUCCUCGAUUUCUUGGCUUCUCGGUUGAUUGUCUUCGACUUCGUUGUAAUGACCCCACCACAUCCGCUGCUGUCUUGGUUGUUUACUGCCCCGGUUAAUUUCAUUAAGUCCGAUCAUAAAAGGCCUCGUAUCCUCCGUUUGCAACAAUGAGACCAGGCUCAGCUUCCUUCAGACAGCCGGCAACAUGGUGGCCUUCUCAGCUCUUUCGGGCGUCGGCGCUCUUUCUUUACUGCUCUCCCUCGUUCACCAUGCACAUGGAGUUUCAUUGAAGGUUUCCACCCAGGGUGGCAACUCAUCCAGUCCCAUUCUAUAUGGUUUUAUGUUUGAGGAUAUCAAUCACUCAGGAGACGGAGGAAUUUACGGGCAAUUGCUGCAGAACCCUGGCCUUCAGGGAACGACACCCAACCUGACUGCUUGGGCGGCUGUCGGUGAUGCUACCAUCGCGAUUGAUGGUGACAGUCCAUUGACUUCUGCCAUUCCCAGCACUAUAAAGCUGGAUGUUGCGGAUGAUGCUACCGGUGCGGUGGGUCUCUCUAAUGAGGGAUAUUGGGGCAUCCCAGUCGACGGCAGCGAAUUCCAGAGUUCCUUCUGGAUAAAGGGAGAUUACUCGGGCGACAUCACCGUCCGACUGGUUGGAAACUACACCGGCACGGAGUACGGCUCUGCCACUAUCACCCAUACGUCCACAGCAGACAACUUCACCCAAGCCUCCGUUAAGUUCCCCACCACCAAGGCUCCAGAUGGCAACGUCUUGUACGAGCUUACAGUUGAUGGAAGCGUGGCUGCUGGUUCGUCUUUGAACUUCGGUUACCUGACGCUUUUUGGCGAGACUUAUAAAUCAAGGGAAAAUGGCCUGAAGCCCCAGCUUGCCAAUGUGCUGGCUGAUAUGAAAGGAUCUUUCCUGAGAUUUCCCGGCGGCAACAACCUUGAGGGAAACAGCGCAGAAAACCGCUGGAAGUGGAACGAGACAAUCGGCGAUCUCUGGGAUCGUCCCGGCCGUGAAGGCACUUGGACUUACUAUAACACCGAUGGUCUUGGCCUCCACGAAUACUUUUACUGGUGUGAGGAUUUGGGACUCGUGCCGGUGCUCGGUGUCUGGGAUGGGUUCGCUCUGGAGUCGGGUGGCAACACCCCAAUCACAGGCGACGCACUGACCCCUUAUAUCGAUGAUGUUCUAAACGAACUUGAAUACAUCUUGGGUGAUACGAGCACGACCUACGGAGCAUGGCGCGCUGCCAAUGGACAAGAGGAGCCGUGGAACCUUACCAUGGUCGAGAUUGGAAAUGAAGAUAUGCUGGGAGGCGGAUGCGAGUCCUACGCCGAACGUUUCACUGCCUUCUAUGAUGCGAUCCAUGCGGCUUAUCCGGACCUCAUCCUUAUUGCUAGCACCAGCGAGGCGGAUUGCUUGCCCGAGUCGAUGCCCGAGGGUAGCUGGGUCGACUACCACGACUACAGCACACCCGAUGGGCUGGUGGGCCAGUUCAACUAUUUCGACAACCUGGACCGCUCUGUGCCAUACUUCAUCGGCGAGUAUUCGCGCUGGGAGAUCGACUGGCCCAACAUGAAGGGGUCGGUUUCCGAGGCCGUAUUCAUGAUCGGGUUCGAGAGGAACAGCGAUGUGGUCAAGAUGGCGGCGUAUGCGCCAUUGCUCCAGCUGGUGAACUCGACUCAGUGGACGCCGGACCUGAUCGGAUACACGCAGUCACCUGGUGACAUUUUCCUUUCGACCAGCUACUACGUGCAGGAAAUGUUCUCGCGUAACCGGGGUGAUACAAUCAAGGAGGUGACCUCUGACAGCGACUUUGGACCGUUGUACUGGGUUGCGUCGAGCGCCGGCGACUCGUACUACGUGAAGCUGGCCAACUACGGCUCGGAGACGCAGGACCUGAGCGUGAGCAUCCCAGGAACGAGCACGGGCAAGUUGACGGUGCUGGCGGACAAUGACCCCGACGCGUACAACUCCGACACCCAGACGCUGGUCACGCCGAGCGAAUCGACGGUGCAGGCGAGCAAUGGUACAUUUACCUUUAGUUUGCCGGCAUGGGCGGUGGCUGUCCUGGCUGCGAACUAG